AUUUACUUUGCUUGCUUUUUUGUCCGCUUGGUUGGCUGAGGGGUUUGGUAGACAGCGAUGGAGAAUCAAAAAUAUGUGGCCUACAACAUCCACUUUAUCACAACCAAAACUGGACCCAAAAUUUAACGCACAAAAUAAUUCAAAGUAAUGCUCACCUGAAAAUUAAGCCAUGCCUAACCGCGUUAACGCACUCCCCCGUCCCUUCUUCUUCUUCAUCUUUCUAAUAUUCCUUUGCGGCCUAGCCCACGGCCGCUUCUUCCUCGGCAAUCAAGCCUCACCGCACGAUGUAGCAGUUAUCUCCGAUGGGGUCCACGUGGGGCCCCACAACUCGACAGCACCCCACCUAGCUCUCAAGCUCCUCAACGGGUCCUUGUCUGCGGAGGCCGACGGCGCGUGCGAGGAGACGUACGGGUUCUUACCGUGCACCCGCAGCGUGCUGGGGAACCUGUUCCUGAUUUUGGUGUACGGAUACUUGAUGUACUUGGCGGCCACGUACCUCUCCAAUGGCAGCGAGCUGUUGCUGGAGAUUCUCGGCCCCGGCAUUGUGGGAGGCUUGUUUCUCCCCAUCCUCGGCUCGCUUCCCGAUGCCAUUCUCAUUCUCGUAUCUGGACUUUCUGGGAGUACAGAAACAGCUCAAAGCCAAGUCUCAGUUGGAAUGGGGUUGCUAGCUGGUUCAACUGUAUUGAUUCUUACACUAAUAUGGGGUUCCUGUGUUGUUGUUGGCAAAUGCGAUAUUCAGAACUCCGUUGCAAUUGAUAACGAAGAUACCAAAGGGUUUAGCUUAACUGGUUCUGGUGUGAGUACUGAUAUCUGGACUAGCUAUGCUGCAAGGAUUAUGGUUAUAUCUGUCAUCCCUUUCAUUAUUGUUCAACUACCGCAGCUUCUCAAUUCGAACUUGGGAAAAGACAUAGCAGUUUUGGUUUCCCUCAUUGUCUCUGUCGCACUUUUUCUUUCUUACUGCCUUUAUCAGGUGUUUCAGCCUUGGAUCCAGAGGAGACGAAUUGCUUAUGCAAAGCACAAGCAUGUUAUAUCAGGAAUCUUGCAACAUCUGAAGACGCGCGCAUUAGGAAGUCUCCUUAAAAGAGAUGGUGAACCUAACGAAGAAAUCAUAAAAAAGUUGUUUCAUGCAAUGGAUCAGGACGGAGAUGGAUCUAUUUCAUAUUCUGAAUUAAGAGCAAUGAUUGUCGGUAUCCGGUUUGAUGAAAUACAGUUGGAUAGGGAUGAUGCUGUGGACAAAGUGAUGAAAGAAUUUGACACUUCUUGCGAUUCUCGUAUUGAUCUUCAAGAGUUCCUCACUGGUAUCUCGAAAUGGAUUCAUGAGGCAAAGCGUUCGGGAGAUGACUCUUCCAACAAUGAUCCUCACACGAUGAAAUUUCUAUUCGACUUUCAUUCGAGAACAAAGCAAGAGCACGAUCUUCUCGGGGCAGGUGGUCAAAGCGAUGAGAUCAUUGAAGCUGUUGAAAGUCCCAAGUGGACGACCUUCAAAGCAGUACUGAUGUUGUUGGUAGGAACUCUCAUUGCGGCUGCAUUUGCUGAUCCCUUGAUAGAUGUUGUUGAUAACUUCUCAAAUGCCACAAGCAUUCCAACUUUCUUCAUCUCAUUUGUUGCAUUACCUCUGGCUACUUCUUGUGAGGCUGUCUCUGCAAUAAUGUUCGCUAGCCGCAAAAAGAUCAGAACUGCCUCGCUGACAUUUUCUCAGUUGUAUGGAUCGGCAACCAUGAACAACGUCCUCUGCCUAUCGGUAUUUUUGGCCCUGGUUUACUUCAGAGGAUUAGAAUGGGACUUCUCAGCAGAAGUCCUGGUUAUUCUCAUUGUCUGCAUUGUGAUGGGUGUGUUUAGCAGUUUCCGCACUGUCUUCCCUCUCUGGACAUCUUCAAUCGCUUUCCUACUUUACCCCUUCUCCGUGGCACUCAUUUAUGUCCUGGAUUAUGUUUAUGGUUGGUCUUAGACUGAUGAUAUCUUUAGGGUGCUUGCUUUCAUGCAGUGCAGAAUAAUAGUAGAGAUUUUGGACAAAUUUUCAUAUUGAAACAUUCUUCUGUUCUGCUUAUGUUAAGCAAUU